CCGGCAGUGCCAACCCAGGAAUGACGCUCGGGCCUCCGGGAUCCGCUGGGACCCCCCAGGAGAGGAACUGAGCACCACAAAGCGAUGCUGUCCAACCCGGCCGCCGCUGCCGCCCUGGAUCCGCAGACGCCGCAGACGCAGCAACAGCAGCUCCUGGCACUCCUCAAUGUCUCGGGCCGGCCCUUGGCCAGCCUGUGGCCGCCGUCCAGCGAGUGGGCCCCAUCGGGGGCGCCUUCGGAGCCGCCUCCGGGCACCGGCUGGGGGCAAGAGGCGGGCCGGGGGCCGGGCUGGGGCCGGGCGUGGCCUGUGGGGGCGGUGAGCCCGUGGGAGGUGGCCCUGUGCGCCACGGGCACGGCGGUGGCGGGCGAGAACGCGCUGGUGCUGGCCGCGCUGCUGUGGGCCGCCAGCCGUCGGGCGGCCGCCUUCCUGCUGAUCGGCAGCCUGGCGCUGGCGGACCUGCUGGCCGGCCUGGCGCUGCUGCUCCACUUCGCCGUGCGCCACCUGCUGGCGCCGCGCAGCGAGACGGCGGCGCUGGGCUCAGCCGGCCUGCUGCUGACCGCCUUCUCGGCGUCGCUGGGCAGCCUGCUGGCCAUCACCCUGGACCGCUACCUGUCGCUGCACAAGGCGCUCACCUACCGCCCCGAGCGCACGCCCGGCUCCACGGCCGCCCUGCUGGCCCUCAUGUGGCUGCUCUGCCUGGGCCUGGGCCUGCUGCCCCUGCUUGGCUGGAACUGCCUGCGCCCCCCGGCCGCCUGCAGCGUCCUGCGCCCGCUCACCAAGCAGCAGGCCGCCCUGCUGUCCGCCGCCUUCCUGCUGCUCUUCGCCCUCAUGCUGCAGCUCUACCUGCAGAUCUGCCGCGUGGCCUGCCGACACGCCCAGCAGAUCGCCGGCCAGCGCCACAGCCAGGCCGCCUCCAGCAGCAGCAGCAGCCGCAAGGGCCUCGCCACUCUCUCGCUGGUCCUGGGCACCUUCGGCCUCCUGUGGGGCCCCCUGGCCGUCUACGCCCUCGUGGCCGACGCCACCUACCCGCCCGCCUACACCUACUCGCUGGCCCUGCCGGCCGCCUGCAACUCGCUGCUCAACCCGCUCAUCUACGCCUUCCGCACCCCGGAGAUCCAGAAGGCCCUCUGGCUGGCCUGCUGCUGCUGCGCCCCCGCCACCUUCGCCCGGCCCACGACCUCCAGCCACGUGUGAGGCCCCCCCGCAGCCCCCCUCGCGGGGGAAAGGACGCUUCUCGACGGAUGUUUCUUCUCUUAGGCGUGUGGUUUUAUGCCCGAAAACAGGAGCCUGGAGAUGUUUGGGACCACUCGUU